CACUCGGCUACUCCGGUCCGGUAUGGAUCUAAGCUUGAUUACCCUAGCGCUAGUCGCGAUUGUCGUAGGUCUGAUAUAUCGGCGGCUGACACGUAAUAAUGAUUACUUCCAUCACAAACCCAUUCCGUCAAUGGCCGUUCGGCCGUUACUGGGAAGCACCUCGGAUAUGAUCAUGCAGCGCGUUUCGUUCUUCGAUUUCAUACACUCUGCCUACAAUAAGUAUGCCGGCGUCAAAGUUUUUGGCCUUUUCGAUAUGACCACACCGCUGUUUGUGAUCCGCGAUCCGGAACUGAUCAAGACUAUUGCCGUGAAAGAUUUCGACCAUUUUACCGACCGAAGGCGUAUGUUCGGGGAUGGCUCGGACGAAAAUCCAGACGUAUAUUUCAACAAAAUGAUAAUAGCUCUGACGGGUCAACAAUGGAAGGACAUGCGGGCAACGUUGAGUCCUGCCUUCACCGGUAGUAAAAUGCGUCUCAUGAUGGGACUUAUGACCGAUUACUGCGGCCAGGUGAUUCCGAUACUGAAACGACAAGCCAUAAGCUCACAAGGCUAUCUGGAUCGAGAAAUGAAAGACCUGUUCACCCGGAUGGGAAACGACAUCAUUGCCACCUGUGCCUACGGAUUGCAAGUUGAGUCCAUCGAGAAUAGCGAAAAUGAUUUCUAUCUGAUGGGCAAAAAUUUGACCAACUUCAAUCGGGUUGGUGUAAUAGCGCGACUCAUUUGCUCCAGAACCUUUCCACGAUUGUUGACUCUGUUCGGAAUAGAUUUGUUCGAUAAGAGUCAUACAAAAUAUUUUGCGGACAUUAUUCGUGAAGCGGUUCGAACACGGUCAGCCCAAGGGAUUGUACGGCCGGAUAUGAUUCACCUGUUGAUGCAAGCUGGAAAAGGAACUUUGAAACACGGCGCAGAAACGGCAGGAGAACCAGAAGCAGGAUUUGCAACUGCCCAGGAGUCAGAAAUUGGCCGAAGAACUAUAACCAUGGCUUUGACAGAGUCGGAAAUUGUUGCGCAGUGUUUAUCAUUUUUCAUUGGAGGUUUUGACUCAAUCUCAACUAUGAUGGUGUUCAUGACCUAUGAGCUAGCUUUACAUCCCGAGGUUCAGCAACGGUUGUACAAAGAAAUCCACGAAACUCAUGUAAACCUAAAAGGUAAACCCCUAGACUACGAAACAUUACAACACAUGAAGUAUCUGGACAUGGUUGUUUCGGAAGUUCUUCGAUUAUGGCCAGUUCCAGCAUUCGAUAGGCUCUGUGUUAAAGAUUACACCCUGGAUGUAGGCAAUGGAUUGAAAGUAACCAUCGACAAAGGAUCUUGUGUUUGGUUUCCUGCAUUCGGAAUCCAUAGAGACCCUAAAUAUUAUCCUAACCCGGAGAGAUUUGACCCGGAAAGGUUCAACGAAACCAAUCGGAAGAACAUCAACCCGGAUACCUUCAUGGCUUUUGGGGUGGGACCUAGGAAUUGUAUCGGGUCCCGAUUAGCGCUGAUGGAGAUGAAGACAUUAGUGUACGCGCUGUUGUUGGAGUUUCGCAUCGAAAGGAAUGAGAAAACUCAAGUGCCGAUCCAGCUGGCUAAAGGUUUUGUUUCGCUGAACAGUGAAAAUGGUGUCCACUUGCGAUUGAAGUUGAGAAAUUGAAGACACAAAAUAACUCUAGAAAAAAUCUUUAAAUUUAUUAUUCAUCGUUUGUAUCUAAAUACUUUCACAUGAUUAUUAUUUUAUUUACAUAGUAUUCCGUCUCACGACAUAACUUGACGAACAUAAUUCCUAAAAUUCACUCGGUUCAUAGCAACCGUUCUCCAAUUUCUCGGGCACCCCACGUUCGCCAAAUCACGCUCCACUUGGUCUAACCACCUCGCUCGUUGCGCCCCCGCUCGUCUUGUUCCUACUGGAUUCGUAGCGAACACCUGUUUUGCAGGACAGUCGUCCGGCAUUCUCGCAACAUGUCCCGCCCAGCGUAUCCGGCCAGCCUUCACCACCUUCUGGAUACUGGGUUCGCCGUAGAGUCGCGCGAGCUCGUGGUUCAUCCUUCGCCUCCACACUCCGUUCUCCUGUACGCCGCCAAAGAUGGUUCUUAACACUCGUCGCUCGAAUACUCCGAGUGUACGUAGGUCCUCCUCGAGCAAUAUCCAUGUCUCGUGCCCGUAGAGAACAACCGGUCUAAUAAGCGUCAUAUACAGGUUACACUUCGUGCGAGGGCUAAGUCUUCUCGACCGCAGUUGCUUGUGGAGUCCAUAGUAGGCACGACUUCCGCUGAUAAUUCGCCUCCGGAUCUCACGGCUGGUGUCAUUGUCUGCGGUCACCAGUGAGCCGAGAUAGACAAAGUCUUCGACUAUCUCCAGCUCGUCGCCAUCGAUCGUGACCUUGUUAUUACUGGACAAGCGGGUUCGGUCGGUCUCGGAUCCGCAGGCCAGCAUGUACUUCGUCUUGGACGUAUUAAUCAUCAACCCAAUCCUUCCUGCUUCGCGUUUCAGUUUGCGGUAGAUCUCCUCCACCGCCGCAGAUGAUCUGCCGACUAUAUCACAAAGUAGAUAAGUUGACUGAAUCUGUUGAAAAUCGUGCCCCGCAUUUCGCCCACCGCUCGUCGAAUAACACCUUCUAGCGCCACGUUGAACAUCAUGCAGGAUAGACCAUCACCUUGUCGAAGCCCCCUGCGCGAUUCGAAUGAACUCGACAAUUCACCCGAAAUCCGCACACAGCACUGCGUUCCAUCCAUCGUCGCCUUGAUCAGUCUGAUCAGCUUCCCGGAAAAGCCGUUUUCGUCCAUGAUUUUCCAUAGCUCGUUACGGUCGAUCGUGUCGUAUGCGGCUUUGAAGUCGAUGAAUAGAUGAUGCGUAGGGACUUGGUGUUCACGGCAUUUUUGGAGGAUUUGCCGCAAUGUGAAUAUCUGGUCCGUCGUAGACCGUCCCUCCAUGAAGCCGGCCUGAUGACUUCCCACGAAUCUGUUUGCUUGUGGCGUUAGGCGGCGGAGUAGGAUUCGGGACAACACUUUGUAGGCGGCAUUGAGGACAGUGAUCGCUCGGUAGUUCUCACAGUCCAAUUUGUCGCCCUUCUUGUAGAUGGGGCAUAUUACCCCCUCCUUCCACUCCUCCGGUAGCUGUUCUAUGUCCCAGAUCCGGAUUAUCAACCGAUGUAGGCAAUCGGCCAACCUGUCCGGGCCCGUUUUGAUGAGUUCAGCUGCGAUGCCAUCCUUCCCAGCCGACUUGUUUCUAUUCAGCUGGCGAAUGGCUUCCUUAACUUCACUCAUCGUUGGGAGUGGCUCCUCUUAGUCGUUGGCUACGCCGGCGAUGUACCUUCCACCACCAUCUUGAUUUCCUGCAUGUGCGCCGUUCAGGUGUUCAUCGAAGUGCUGCUUCCACCUUUUGAUCACCUCACAAUUGUCCGUCAGGAUACCCCCAUCCUUAUCCCGGCACAUUUCGGCUUGCGGCACGAAGCCUUUGUGGGAUGCGUUGAGUUUCUGAUAGAACUUUCGUGUUUCUUGGGAACGAUGCAGCUGCUCCAGCUCCUGGAGCUCCUCCUCCUCCAGGCGGCGCUUUUUCUCCUGGAAAAGUCGGACUCGCUGCCUCUUCCGCUGUCGGUGAUUUUCCACAUUUCGACGGGUGCCUCUUUGCACUAUGAAUCAAAGCUAAAUUUAUACUGUUUUUGUUCUUUUGAAUCAACGUUUUGUCAAAAAGAUAGCUUAUAUCAUUUAUAUUGUAAAAAAGAGGGUCAAGAGCAUAAUUGAUCAAAAUAAAAACAUAUGUUUGUUAAAACAUCGUUCAUUUUUGCUGAUCAUCAAAAUAAUAUAUUGCAGUUGAAAUUCGAAGUUUUCGUGUUGGUAAUUUGCAACCUUGUCAACCAGCGACGAAGAAAAAUUCAUCAAACGCCUCGGCAAUCGGCAACCCUUUUUUUAUCCGACACAUGGUGAUCUCAUUUUGGCAAAAAGUAGAC